AUGUCGAAGUACUACGAGCGAGAAGUCCGCAAGGACUACGUGAGAAGCCCAAGCCACCACCGCCGCGGCGACCCGCCCCCGGUCUCACGAGAGCAGUCCCCCGAAUACUACUCGGGCGGCGGCGGCGGUCCCGUACAGGUGGUCUACCCGGACACUCGAGGGCCCGUCCCGAUCGCUGGCGGUCCCUACAUCUCGGGCGCCAUCCCCGCCGACGCUCCUCCGGUCCAUCCAUACUACGGCCCGGAGUCGCCGCUCUCACCCCGCGACGCAAACGCCCUCCAGAUCCCGCCCUCGCCCCGUUACCGCCCACGCUCCCUGCCUCCCCAAGCCCUCGCAGUAGGCCGGCCUCGAUCCCGCUCGCGGCCCCGGAGCCCCAUCGGUAAGGCCCGUCAUGCCCUAGACAACACCUUCACCCAGUCCUCCUCGGGCAUCGGCGUGGGUCUUCUGGGCGCCGUCGUCGGCGGUCUGGCCGCGCGCGAGGUCUCCGACGCCACCGUCCGGACCCGCAACCGCAAGGAGAUGGAAAACGGCACGUUCCGCCCGCGGUCGCCCCGCGAGACGGAGAAGGCGCGCGUGAUAUCCACCGUUGUCGGUGCUCUCGUGGGCGGCCUCGGCGCCAACGCCAUCGAGAAACGCUUCGAGGUCGCCCGCCGCCGCGACAGAGAGCAGCAGGAGGCAUGGGAGAGGCGGUGGGGAGGGAGAGCGACCUCCCGCACUACGACACGGGCAGAGACUACGAGCUCGACCACGGCAGGGGACGUCCUCGCGAUCGGCGCCGUGACGAGUGGGACGAGGGCUAUCCUCGCGACUAUCCUUACGACGACCGACGUGCGGGGAGGCUGA